CCACAACCCCACCCAUAACCCCUCCCACCCCUCCCACAACCCCGCCCAUUCAACCUUCCCACACCACGCCUAAAGUACGCCCCUUUCUAAUAUCAAACAGCCUCAAUUUCUAGCUUAUCCCUUUGUGAAGCCGAGAUACAUCCUUAUAGUGAAAAAAAAAAUUGCAACCAUAUUGUUUCAGUAAAACAAGUCUGGGCAUGUACAGGAAAUGUAGUAGUUUAUCCACUAAUGACAAUAUUUAGUGACAGAGGGCUUGGAUGCUUCUGUAUCACAUUUUUGUAUCAAUUGGUCUGUACUGUGAAAGGUUCAUGAUUUGACACAAUGAAGUCAUUAUACAUCCACAGACUGGUCAUUGUUUUGUUUUAGGUGGAUAUUGUUACACAUGUAAACAUUAACCAUCUGUGAGCAUUUCAUUUUGAGAGGCAGUUGUAAAAUACAGAUGUCAUAUCUCAAAUAAAAUAGCUAUUGGUAUACAGCUAAUUGUGGGAAACUAAGACAGAAGCUCACUAAUGGCUUUGUAUGUAACUGAUCUGUUUUGAAAAAAACAUUAGCUGUUUUUUUUUUUUGUUUUUUUUUUUUUGUUUUUUGUCAAUAAGACAGAAGCUCACUAAUGGCUUUGUAUGUAACUGAUCUGUUUUGAAAAACAAAUAGGCAUCUGUGUAACCCAGACUGAAAAGAGACAGUUGUUGGACACAUGGUGUAAAAACCUUAGCUGUUGGGCAACAGAUCUGUUGAAAUACCAUUAGUCAUCUGUGUACUCAGGUUGUAAAGACAAAUCAACCUCCAAAAUUUAAUUAGCCAUAUGUGUUUGGAAAUCAUAUAAAAUCACCCUUCUAUUAUUUAUUUCAAUAAUAAUCUCAUGAACAUCAUACAUAACAUUGUGCAUAAGUUUGUUCUAGUGCGGCUAAAGAGCGGUGGUUGACAAAUUUGACGAACAUAGUUGUUACAUGCAACCUUACAACCCCAAACAAAUGACCGACAAAUACAUAUUUUACGACUUUGAGUGUAUGCAAGAAACAGGUGUACACGUACCCAAUUACAUUUUUGCAACGACUUUAUACGGUCCAAAUUCCUGGGAAUUCAACGGAAAAACUUGCACGCAGGACUUUGUCCGCUUUUUUACCAACGGCAAGUUUUUGGGUUACACAUUCAUAGCCCAUAAUGCCGGUCGUUACGACGCUUAUUUUGUUGUACAGGAACUGAUCAAGGAAAAAUUUAAAAUUGAAGUUGUUAACCAAGGAGGGCGAUUAAUGUGUGUGUCCCUAAAAGAUUUAAAAAUGAGGUUCAUAGAUUCUUUGAAUUUCAUGCCGAUGAAACUCAGUAAGAUGCCUGAAGCUAUGGGUUUUUCGGGGUCCAAGGGUCAUUUCCCACAUUUCUUCAAUACAGAAGAAAAUCAAAAUUACAUAGGGCCGAUGCCGGACAUCCGGUAUUACGGCGUGGAUUACAUGAUGCCCGGGGAGAAAAAAGAAUUUGUGGAGUGGUACCAAAACCAUAAAAAUGACACCUUUCAUUUUCAGGCAGAACUAAAGGCUUACUGUAAACAGGAUGUGGAGGUCUUGAGAAGGGCCUGUGAGUGUUACAGGGACACGAUGAUGGAUAUGACUAAAAAAAACAGUCAAACAAUACUUUAAACGCGGCAAGAAAUGUAAACCUGGCAAGAAAUACAAAUUGGUCACUAAAUGCAUUGAUCCAUUCCAGCUCAUCACGCUGGCAUCUGUCUGCAUGUCCAUGUACCGGUUUAAAUUUCUUCCAGCAAAUACCGUGGCGAUUGUGCCCGCAGAUAUGUACCACAAGACCCAGAAACGAUUUUCCACACCUGCUAUUCAGUGGCUCAUGUUCUUAGAACACACAGAAGGCAUAACUAUUCAACAUGCCUUGAAGGGCGGUGAGAAGAAGGUGGGGAAAUACUUUUUGGACGGUUAUGCUUUAGUUAAUGGUUUACAAACCGCCUUUGAAUUUCAGGGUUGUUUUUACCACGGCUGUCCCGUGUGUUAUAACGAGCAUGACCGUAAUGAGCUUACUAA